CUUAAUGAAUCAGACAGAUACUGGAAACAUUCCCUAAGCCCUUUGUCCUGCGAUAAAUCUAAAAUUGUAAGUGGUCAGUGGUACCGUUUCACCGGGGCCGCUGGUACAAUGAUGGCGCCCUACUGCAUUCCAAAACGGAGAUGUAAUACCCACGCAGUCGGCUGGAUCAGCGGUAGGCAUCCCUCCGAGGCUUACGAGUUGGUGACGGCAAAGGCGUGUUUUCAUUGGAAUUCAGAUUGCUGUUUGUGGCAUAGACCGGUUCAGAUACGAAAUUGUAGCGGAUACUAUGUUUAUGAGUUACAAGAGUGGAAUCAUUGCUAUCACCGUUACUGCGGUGUGAAAGACGAAAGCGAAGCAUGUCACGUAAUUGGUGGUUCCGAAAAGUGUAUUUGUCAAAAAGGUUAUGAAGGAAAUCUAUGCGGCGAUUUGGACGAAUGUGCAAGCGGAAACCAUGACUGCCAUAAAUACGGUGUUUGUCAUAACGAGAUCGGAUCCUAUACUUGUCACUGUCAGUUUGGAUAUGUAGGAAAUGGAACGUGGUGUGAGGCUUGUCCAGAACAUUCCGAAUACAUCGAGACGUCACCUAACGUUCAUGAAUGCUGGUGUAAAUACGUUUACCCUGGAGAGCCAGAAGUUGAUCCAUGCAGAAGACAGACAGAAAGUGAUCUGACUAAUAUUAAGGAUUCAAUAGCGGUUUUAAUUCAUGAUGCUGAUACACAACCAAGCAGCCCAAUGAGGUUUAGACGAGACCAAACAAGAACACUGGUUGCAUCUUUAAAAAAGGAAAACUUUCUUCUUCAAGAGGCCUCGUUCGCAUGGAAGAUAAGAAAACUUUCGCUAUCACCUUUUAACAUUUAUGAUCCGCCGGAGUUGCUCGUGCCCAACACUCUCGAGCUGAACAUAAGACCAAACCUGCUCUCGACAGGACUUAAAGUGGUAACAUUUGAGCUGCGAGAAGUACCGGGAUCUGAAUUAACUGCUCUAGAUUUUGCUUUUAUCGAGGUUCUCAAUGCGGCUUUGGAAGUCUCUAUCGCAGGAGGAACUGAGGUCGUUCGAUCUAUAAAGAGACUAAUUACAGUGGAUGCCACUUCUUCGUAUGAUACCGACAACCUGAGUGCUGGAAAUUCCUCAGGACUGAAAUAUAAUUGGUUUUGCUUAAUAAUAACCAAAUCUAACGUCUCCCGAAGUUAUACUCCGGCGUCUAACGUCAGUUUUCGAGGAUUGGAGAGCAUAUACGACACACUUGUAAGAGCAGCUGCAAGUGGAACCCUCUUUCAGUUGCCAGAUGAUGUCUUUCUUCGUGGCAGAGAACGAGCCAAAGUUACCUUAGAUAACAAAAAACUCACUCGCAAUCAAACAUACUACGUGGUUCUGACGGUAAGCAAAGAUGUCCGCGUAGCAAGGGGCAUACAGAUCGUUCAUGUUCGCGAUGGACACGUACUCGUCAUUCGUAUUUUGUGCACCAUGAACUGUGACUCACCAGCCAGCGUGUCAUCUCGUAACUCCUUAAGAACCGACUGCGCUUCAAUUCGUUGUCCUGUGUCCCUCAAGUAUGGAUGGAGCCUGCUGAAAAAUAAUGGAAGCAAUUCUCACCCCCAAUGGUCUACUCAGAUACACUUUAAAGAUCUCCUGGGUACAAAAGUUGAUUCGGCAAACCUUGUGAUUAAAGAACAAAAGCUUCUACCCGGGUCUUCCUACAAAAUCAAGCUAAACGUUCUAUCUCCCGAAGGAUCGUUUGGCUCAGCCGUAUACCAAUUUGACACAGUGGCAAGUCCAUCAGGAGGAACAUGCCAUGGUGCACAGUUGGACAGGAAAGAUGUAGGAUCUUGGGUGAACAUUACCUGUCAAGGUUGGAAAGAUAAACAUACACCUCUCAGCUAUGAAUUCUUCCGGGAGUUAGCAGAUGGAGAACUCGACAUGCUGUCCUAUGGAGUUUGGUCGUACAGUGUUGUUUACAUUCCACCUUUAGAUGAAGAUGUCGUUCGGUUUAAAGUUGCAGUUGUUAAUUCUUUGAGAGCAGCAUAUACAACAGGAUUUUCUAUCAAGUUGAAUCAAUCAUCCUGGUUGAGAGCAAAAGAAGUGGACAACUCUGAGUUGCAGGCAAGAAUUGAAAAAAUGGACACUCAUUUUGAACUGAAACAAACAAAUUUGGCAAUACAAGAGGCAGACAUGCUACUUUUCUUACUCAAAAUGGUCGCAAAGAAAGCUGAUGAAGAAAAAGAUCUUCCUCAAAUGAAGAAUCAAGUUAUAUCUAAGAUCUGCGAGGUUCCGAUUGAUAAACUGGAACGGUUAGUCCAGGUUGCUGUUAUCUUAAAGAAAGCCACUAAGGGUGACGCCCUUGUCUCACACGAUACAACGUUCACUGUUUUGAACAAACUCAAGGAGAUUUCGAACCGGCUUUCACUGGAAAAUGUACAAAAACGCAGUUCUGAAACCCGUCUUUUUCUCAAGGGAGCAAGAUUGUUAUUGCAUUGCACCACAAAUAUCAUGGAUUCCAGCUCCAGCCGAGUCCUUACGGGAAGUUUGUCUGCCAACUUUGAUAAAGGGGAAGAGAUGACUAUGGGAAAGACAAUUUCGGUCCGUUGCCAAGAGUUGACAGAAAUGACAACCAACGCACUGCUAUCGUUAAAAUUACCAGGAGAAGAAAACACCACCAUUCGAAAUGAACGUCAAACGACGAUACUCGGCAAACAUGAAUCAGAUGACUUGAGCUCUUUUGAAAUCAGCGAUGGAAAAGCCAGCUUUGUAUUUCCACCUCUGGAUAGCAGGGCGUUGAAAACUUGGGUUGGAGACAUCUCUGAUGUUGGGGUAGAGAUGAUGAACUAUAAUUUCAAUCCAUAUAUGACGGACGAUAGCAGCAGUAGAGUCAGAUCAAAGGUUGUCAGCCUCGUCCUAAAAGAUGGCACUGGGAAAGCUUUGAACACCACUGUCCUACCAUCGGAUAUAGAAAUUGGUAUUCCAAUUCCAAAUUAUGAUCCCGUCAACAGCACUCGAUCAGAUCAUUUCUUAAAUCCUGGCAGGAUGCAGUAUCAUACGAUAACCGUUCUUGAGGUCGAUACUACCAUAAAACUGACCAUUACAACCAAAACAGCAGCUUCUAUAGCUGUGUAUGUAAAAUUCGCUGAACAGCCAACAGAGAUCUCCUUCGAUGAGGUGAUUCAUUUAUCCAUAGAGAAUAGAUCAAGUAGCACCGACUGUGAAUUGGAAGGAAAUUGCUCUCUUAGUAUCGUCGUAGAGGGUAAAUAUCCAGGUGAAUAUUUCGUUGGCCUAUUGGAGAACAGUGAAUCUCGAAAAAAAUUUUUAAGGUCUAGAGGUAGAAGAUCUUUUCUGCCAGAGACAGCCACUCAAGAGAAGUGCGUUAAGUUCAAGGAUCCUCCACCAGCAGUUGUUCCUCAAGUGGAGCAUGUGAUUUUUGUCCCUCAAUAUGACUCUGAUAGGUCUGUUAACUACAGUUUGCAAGUUGAGACAAUAUGGUGUGCAUUUUGGUCUGAAGCUGAACAGAUAUGGACAAAUGAAGGAUGUAAGGCUACCCGAGAAUCAGACCAUUCAUCUCUGAGAUGUCUAUGUAAUCACUUGACUGCAUUUGGGGGAGACAUUCUUGUUGCACCAAAUACCAUUGACUUUGAACUAGUCCAGCAGGCAUUUGAAAAUGUGGAUCCCAGUGACCUUCUCGUCGUAAUAACUUUGUGCUCUACGUUUUUGGUUUACUUUCUUGUUUUGGUACAAGCACGCAGAGCUGAUAAAGCAGAUGCCUCAAAGGACAAUCCUCUUAUACCCUUGGCGGCGUAUCAAAAUGGUGAUUACAUGUACGAGGUAUCCAUAACUACAGGUGGAUGGAAAAAUUGUGGUACCACUGCCAAUGUAUCCAUGAUUCUUUAUGGGACUGAAAACACGAGUGACGUUGUCAAAUUGACUUGUGACAUCCCAUGUAACAGGAAACUUUUUGCUGAAGGCAACACUGAUAAUUUCCUUAUUCGACAGGAAAUGCCGCUGGGCGAGAUCACUUCUAUGCAAAUCGGCCAUGACAUAUCUGGUGAGGACCCUUCUUGGUUUAUCAGCGAGAUUUUAACUUUGGAUUGUCAAACAGGACAGAGGUUGCUUUUCAGUUGUUACCGCUGGCUUGCGCUAGAAAGGGAUGACGGUCAGACCACGAGGAGAUUUUAUGCAGAUGAUUUCAAAAAUGAGGAUAGAUUCAAAAGAAAAUUUAGCGCAUUGCUAAGAAAUGGUUUCGCUGAUGAUCACUUGUGGCUGUCGGUGAUCCGGAAGCAACCAAGGAAUCAAUUCACCCGUGCUCAGCGUGCAUCCUGCUGUUGGAGUCUUUUCAUGUUGUCAAUGGUUACAUCCGCCAUGUUUUAUGAAACAGAGGACAUAGCACAGAGGAAAUUACAGAUUGGACCUUUUUCGCUGACCCCGAGUCAACUUGUCAUUGCGUUGGAAAGUGCCUUGGUUGUUGUGCCUGCAAGUCUGCUAAUUGUGCUUUUGUUUCGUAAAAGCCAACUUAGGAGAAACAUUCAAGGGAACCGGUAUCAUUUGGUAACAAGUAAAAGGAAAGUUUGGUGUUUACUUCCUCAUUUCUUUGUAUAUAUCGCAUGGUUUCUUUGUAUAGGUACUGCAAUUACUUCCGCACUUUUUACAAUGUUUUACUCUUUCAUGUGGGGAGGAGAGAAAUCGUCUCGCUGGCUUACAUCUGUUCUGCUUUCCUUCACCGGAGAAGUACUGGUCUUUCAGCCCGUCAAGAUAAUCAUUGCCUCUGUAGUCCUGGCAUUACGGCACGGGCGGGGUAAGAAGUCAACAAAUAAAAGUAAUCCAACAGAUGCAUCAGAAAUUGUGGAUCUUUCAUCGAUGGAUGUCGAACGAGUACGGAAGUAUAGGAAAAAUAAGAGGAGAAUGUAUGCAUUUACGAAGGAACUCGUGUUUUCAGUGACUUUCUUCGUACUGUUAUUGAUUGUCUGUUAUGGAGACAAGAGCAGGCAGAGAUAUCAUCUACGAGGUGCUAUUGAAAACGAAGCAUUGUAUUUCGACAAUAUUGGACGGUACAAGGUAACCAACGUGGCUCAGUUUUGGGGGUGGCUGGAGGACGUGUUUGUCCCAGCAAUCUUUUCAGACGGCUCUUACAGGGACCAAGAGGAAAAAGGACUAGACUACACCAGCAGUGAUCGAUCGACUGUGGUCGGCAUGCCUCGCCUGAGGCAACUCAGGGUCACGAAAGAUUCCUGUGUGUUUCACCAAAUAUUUAAAAGCAUGUUUAUCUCUUGCUACGGUCCCUUCUCCAAGAACGAAGAGGAAAAAAGAACUUGGAUUGGCAAGAAUAGUUCUUCAGUUCUGUGCCCAGAAAAUUGGGAGUACAACGGAGACGGUGGCUUUGAUACUUGGGGUCGUUUUGCUGUUUACAGUGGCGGAGGAUAUAUAGCUAAUUUAGGAUACAACAAGGUCAAUGCUAAAAGAAUUAUCAAAGACCUAAAAGAAAAAUACUGGAUUGAUCGGCAGACCAGAGCUGUGCUGGUGGAGUUCUCACUGUAUAAUCCACCAAGUAACCUUCUUGCAGUGAUGACUUACUUCUUCGAAGUACUUCCAUCAGGCUUUGCCGGAAUAUUUAAGAGCUAUGGAAUUUUGCCUCUGAGUGCAACGAACCCUCAAGCCCAUGAAACUUAUUUGCUUUUUGCAUUUUUGUUUGGCAUUCUACUUGUUUUCUUCUUCAUUUUCGAAACAAUCAAACUCUGUCGCCAGAGCAGCUUGUAUUUCAAGUCAGGGUGGAACUGGUUGAACAUACUGCAGAUACUCACUGCAUUAUCAGCAUUGUUCCUCAAAUGGAUGAAAAUCAAGGCAGCGACAAAAACGUUUUUCAAACUUAAAGAAAACCCAUUUGUCCCCAUUAGCUUCCAUGACGUGUUACUUUGGUCUGACCUUGAAAACCUGGUCAUUUGCAUAGCUUCUGUGACUGGCACCUUGCGUCUUCUAAAAUGUUUUCAUUUCAUGCCACAAAUAAUAGUUUUCUCGUGGACACUCCGCAGAUCGUUUUCUUCGGUAUCCUCUUUCUUCUUGAUCUUUGUAGUAGUAGCGAUAGGUCACUCUUUCUUAGGAGUCAUCGCCUUCGGAACCAAUAUGUACAUGUUCUCGUCAUUCAUAGAGGCCAUUUCCUCGCAGUUUUUGAUGCUUCUUGGGAAAAACAUUCCAGCAAAUGAACUGAUCACUACAAAUCCUAUAUUGGGACGUUUUUUCUUUUUUACUUUUGUCGCCAGCACGACAAUAGUAAUCGUAAAUACGUUCAUUGCAACCAUCAAUGAGCACUACGCCACCUCAAAUUCUGACAAAGGAGUAGAAGACCUGGAACUUGCCGAGUUCAUAACUGACAGGAUUAUAGAUACUCUGUUUCGCCAGAAAUCGAAUAGAAACCAGUUUAUGGCGGAAUACGAGAACCACGAGCUCUUCGAUUCUGAAGUUCUCUUAGAAUAUAGCUCUCUAGGAGGCAAUACUACAAGAACCUUGUCUCCAACAUCGCAUCGUAGCCGCACACCUGAAAUAUCUUAUAAACUAGAGGCAGCCACGUACGAAAGUUUUCAGCUUCAAUAACCUACUGACUGGGACAUUUACCAGAGAGGAGUACAAUGAAAAAUACAAGAUUCAGGCGGCUAUUAAUCUGAGAAACCUCUCUUGUAACAAAAUCCAUUUUAAAUUGUUCAGCAUCAUGAAUCCAGGAACUGAUGGACAGACAACGAUUGCGAGGAUCAGUGGCAACAACUAUGACAGUUCACAUUUUCAUGAUCUAUUAAAUUUGUCUUACAAAGUCCAGGAAAGGGGAAACUUAUCUGAAAAGCAUCCACUUUCAUUUUUUAGAUUCCAGGGUAUAACUUUUGUAAAUAAAUAGCCAUUGGUAUUUUCUAACUCCUGAUCCUUUAUUCCGUCCUCUCGUCUUAGAGUUUCUAGGAGUAAUCGAUCGCAUAUGACUUUUAGAUGUGGUAAGACUAAAAAGUGAUACAUUGGACGCAGGCGCAGAUGAGUGUGUAACCCUUUUUCUGUUUACAUUACAAUUGUGCAGGAGAGGGGACGGGAGGGCCUUAGCCCUCCCACUUUUUGCAAGAAGGACUUUUCAUUUUGUUAUAGUAUGAAGUACGUUGUAAGCUCGAAAGAUGAAGAAACUGAAAAAAAAAAUUGAAAAGCUGAUUUCUUACACAAAAUAUGUCGUAAACUUUUCAAAAAAUAUCACAUGGACAAUAAUUAAGAGCCCCCUGAUUUCAAAAUUUAUAGGAAAGGAUGGCCCUAGAUCCCCCUACAAACUUGCUCCCCCGCACUCGUUUUCAAGUUCCCUCCCCCCCUCCAUUUGAAAAUAGUGAAUCUUAUCAGACAGUGUCACAUACAUGUUUAUUCAAACUCAUAUAUAACUACAUAAAUUUCAAAGGGAGAGUCAAGAGGUUAACCCUUGACUCUCCCUUUAAAAGAAAAAAUGCAGUA